GCUGGGCUGAGACUUGCUCCGCCACUGAGCAUACUCCGAGUUUUCCAUUGUAGCGGGUUUCUUCUUUUCCAUUUCAAAAGCCUUGAAUUUUCGAAGAUUUCUCUCCUCCAUUGAAGUAACUUCUGAGGCUUUUUAAUGUCUGGACGAAACUAUGAGAAUGAACCCUUUCUCCUUGGGACCAGGGGGGAUGGGCCUGCUCAGGAGAUUUUUAGGAAAGCCUUGUUAAAUCCCGAGCCGCCCGAAAAAUUUGCCCUUCAAACUGUUCAGGAAGCCAUUAAACCCCAGAGGCAAACAAAGUUAGUUCUGGAUGAAAAUCAGCUGCUAGAAAACAUUCUACGGACAUUACUCCAAGAGUUGGUGUCUUGUGCAGUACAGUCCGGAGAGCCAACCAUGCAUUAUGGUCGUUCCAUUGCUGAAGGAGUUCUUGCACAGGGUCAAAUUCCUCGCCUUCUUGAUAUUGUGUUGUAUCUUUGUGAGAAGGAACAUGUGGAGGGUGGCAUGAUAUUUCAGCUGUUGGAAGAUUUGACUGAAAUGUCAACCAUGAAGAAUUGUAAAGACAUUUUUGCUUACAUAGAGAGCAAGCAAGACUUACUUGGAAAGCAAGAACUGUUUGCUCGUGGCAAACUUGUGAUGCUGAGGACAUGUAAUCAACUGCUUCGUCGUUUGUCAAAGGCAAAUGAUGUUGUAUUUUGUGGACGGAUUCUUAUGUUUCUGGCACAUUUUUUCCCGCUGUCUGAGCGCUCAGCUGUGAAUAUUAAGGGAGUCUUCAAUACAUCUAAUGAAACAAAGUAUGAGAAAGAAGCUCCAAAUGGCAUUUCUAUUGAUUUCAACUUCUACAAGACGUUCUGGAGUUUGCAGGAGUACUUCUGUAAUCCUCCAUCCUUGACUGUUAAUCCUACGAAGUGGCACAGAUUUACAUCAAGCUUAUCGGUUGUUCUAAAUACCUUUGAGGCUCAACCCUUAAGUGAUGAGGAGGGAAAUGCUAAUAAUCUUGAAGAAGAGGGGGCAGCUGUCAAUAUUAAAUAUCUGACCAGUAGUAAACUGAUGGGCUUGGAGCUGAAAGAUCCUAGUUUCUGGCGUCAUGUUCUUGUACAAUGCUUGAUAUUGUUUGACUAUGUCAAGCCCCCUGGAAAGAGUGAUAAAGAUUUACCAUCAGAAGCAAUGAAAGAAGAAAUAAAGACUUACGAGGAGCGUGUAAAGAAUCUUCUUGAAGUGACGCCUCCUAGAGGGAAAGAGUUUCUCUGUAGUAUUGAGCAUAUUCUAGAACGUGAAAAAAAUUGGGUUUGGUGGAAGCGUGAUGGUUGCCCGCCAUUUGAAAAACAACAGCUGGAGAAGAAGGUAGAUGGUACAAAAAAACGUCGACCAAGGUGGAGAUUAGGGAACAAAGAAUUAUCUCAGCUGUGGAAAUGGGCUGAUCAGAAUCCGAAUGCUCUCACUGAUCCAGAGCGAGUUAAGACUCCCGCUGUCACAGAUUAUUGGAAACCAAUGGCUGAUGAUAUGGAUCCGUCCGCUGGUAUAGAAGCUGAGUACCAUCACAAAAACAAUAAGGUUUAUUGUUGGAAAGGUCUCCGUUUUUCUGCGCGGCAGGACUUGGAAGAUUUUUCUAGGUUCACUGAAUUUGGCAUUGAAGGGGUUGUUCCCCUGGAACUCAUGCCUCCUGAAGUAAGGUCCAAGUAUCAGGCAAAGCCAAAUGACAAGUCUAAACGUGUGAAGAAAGAUGAAACUAAGGGUUCUGUACCUCCAUCUGAAGAAAAUCAGACUUUAAACUCUGUAAGUGAGAUGGAUGGCGAAGGUGGCCAAAAUGAUCUUGAUGCCCCAGCAGCUGCAAUGGACCUUGAUUCAACACCUAUUACUGGAAAUAAUUCUCAAGCUGGGACCCCGACACCAGAUGAUUUUCUUAAGCAAAGUUCUGAAUCCCCAGAUGCACAAGAAGCUGGAGAACUUGACGCUGAAGCUGAUCCUGAGCCAGGGUUAAUUGAUGGAGAGACAGAUGCUGAUGUUGAUCUAGACGCAGUAGGUUGAUUUUGCAUAUCUGGAUGCUAGAUACUCGGGACGUAUACUGGAACUGCAGUGACUGUUCUCACAUCCAAAAUUAAAGAAGCUAGAAUGACUUGUUACAUUCAUUAUUCAGAGAGCUUUAUCAAGCAGAAUGGAGCAUGUAAUUUAAUUUAUUUAUUUUCUUUUUCGGCUUUGCUUCCAUUAUGAGUUUUAACUUAACUAGUUUCUCUGCACACUAUAUUUUUGCUUUGAGAUACCAUUUUAAUACUAUACAAGAGGGUAAAGAAAGCUCAUUUGUAUAUCUUGAAAUAUGUAACCCCAACCUUUUUGAUUUUGUCACGUCUUUUAUUUAAUAGCUUUGUAUUGUACCAGCUGAAAAAUAGAACAGAUACACAAUGUUAUUGUUCUCUAAAGAUAUUAGUAAUGUCUUCAAUUAUUAGAGGAUUUAAUGGUCCU